AAGUUGAAAAUAAAAGUAGAUGGAGAACACAAAAGAUAAAAUAAAAAACAAAACAAAAAUGGGAAGGUUAAUUAAAAAGAAGAAAAAUAAAAUAGACAAAGGGACUAGAAAUAGGGAAUAAAUUUACAGUUAUUUUAGGUAGUAUAGUUCCGUUAUUAUCCAUAGCUCCCAUUAUCCACGUGUCCUUCAACUGCUUCUCCUUCCAAACGCACCUUAAACCUUACAUCCUUUUCUUCCAUUUCUCCGGUAACUUCCACCGUGCUCCGCCACUUCACAACACAUGUUAAAUUGACCAAAAUGUCCCUCACAUGCAACUCGUUCUCCCCAGUCCUCACCCCAAUCCCCCCUUCACACCGUUACCUAUUUCCGUCCAAAAUCCCAACUUACAAAAACCUCACCGGGCCCCACCGCCGUCUUCUUUUAACAGUCUCCGUUAGAGCUAAACCUAAAGACCUCAUCUUAGGCAACCCAACAGUUACCGUCGAAAAAGGCAAAUACAGUUACGACGUUGAAACCUUAAUCAACAAACUCUCAAGUCUCCCGCCACGUGGAAGCAUUGCGCGUUGUUUAGAUACUUUCAAAAACAAGCUUUCUUUGUCUGAUUUUUCCUUAGUUUUCAAGGAAUUUGCGGCGCGUGGUGAUUGGCAACGUUCAUUGCGACUGUUUAAGUAUAUGCAGAGACAAAUAUGGUGUAAGCCUAAUGAACAUAUUUAUACUCUUAUGAUUGGUAUAUUAGGUCGUGAAGGGCUUCUUGAUAAAGCCUUUGAGAUAUUCGAUGAAAUGCCAACUCACAGUGUGGCAAGAACUGUAUUUUCUUAUACUUCGAUUAUUAAUGCUUAUGGAAGGAAUGGACAGUAUGAAACUUCACUUCAAUUGCUUGAAAAAAUGAAGCAAGAAAACAUAGUUCCUAGUAUAUUGACUUAUAAUACGGUUAUUAACUCGUGUGCUCGAGGUGGGUAUGAAUGGGAGGGUUUAUUAGGUUUAUUUGCUGAAAUGCGACACGAGGGUAUUCAACCGGAUUUAGUUACGUAUAAUACUUUGUUAAGUGCUUGUUCGAGUAGAGGGUUAGAAGAUGAGGCGGAGAUGGUUUUUAGGACGAUGAAUGAGGCGGGUGUUUUGCCUGAUGUAGCUACUUAUAGUUAUUUGGUGGAGACUUUUGGGAAAUUAGGGAAAUUGGAAAAGGUCUCGGAGUUGCUUAUGGAAAUGGAGGCUGGGGGUACGUCGCCUGAGGUUACCUCAUAUAAUGUGUUGUUGGAGGCUUAUGCGCAUUUGGGGUCUAUGAAAGAGGCUAUGGAUGUGUUUAGGCAAAUGCAGGCAGCUGGAUGUGUGGCUAAUGCAGAGACUUAUAGUAUUCUGUUGAAUUUAUAUGGGAAAAACGGGAGAUAUGAUCAGGUUAGGGAGCUUUUCCUUGAGAUGAAAACGAGUAAUACAGAGCCGGAUGCGGAUACAUAUAAUAUUCUCAUCCAGGUGUUUGGUGAAGGUGGUUAUUUUAAGGAGGUGGUAACAUUAUUCCAUGAUAUGGUUGAAGAGAAGGUAGAACCAAAUAUGGAGACUUAUGAAGGGUUGAUAUAUGCCUGCGGUAAGGGAGGGCUUCAUGAAGAUGCAAAGAGGAUUCUGCUGCAUAUGAAUGGACAAGGUCUGGUGCCUAGCUCUAAAGUAUAUAAUGGCGUAAUUGAAGCUUAUGGACAGGCGGCGCUUUAUGAGGAGGCAGUCGUCGCCUUCAAUACGAUGAAUGAGGUAGGAAGCAGGCCAAUGGUGGAGACUUUCAAUUCUCUGAUCCAUGCAUUUGCUAAAGGGGGACUUUACAAAGAAUCUGAAGCAAUAUGGUUUAGAAUGGGCGAGGUUGGAGUUCCCCGGAACAGGGAUUCUUUCAACGGUAUGAUUGAAGGGUAUAGACAAGGAGGUCAGUUCGAAGAAGCUAUAAAAGCUUACGUUGAGAUGGAAAAGGCAAGAUGUGAUCCAGAUGAGCGGACGCUUGAGGCAGUUUUGAGUGUCUACUGCUUUGCAGGCCUAGUUGACGAAAGUGAGGAGCAGUUUCAGGAAAUUAAAUCACUGGGUAUUCAGCCUAGCAUCAUUUGCUGCUGUAUGAUGCUGGCAAUUUGCGCAAAAAGUGAGAGGUGGGAUAUGGCCCGUGAAUUAUUGAACGAUAUGAGGACAAACAAGACUUCUGAUAUGCACCAAGUUAUUGGACAAAUGAUUCACGGAGAUUUAGAUGAUGAAAAUAAUUGGCAGAUGGUUGAGUAUGUCUUUGACAAACUCAAGUCAGAAGGAUGUGGUUUGAGCAUGAGGUUCUACAACACUCUUAUAGAAGCACUUUGGUGGUUAGGCCAGAAAGAAAGGGCUGCAAGAGUGCUGAAUGAAGCAACAAAAAGGGGGCUAUUCCCUGAACUGUUUCGAAGAAACAAACUUGUGUGGUCUGUGGAUGUUCACAGGAUGUGGCCUGGUGGUGCAUGCGCUGCAAUAUCAGUUUGGCUCAACGAUAUGCAAGAGUUGUUUCAUAAAGGCGAGGAGCUUCCCCAACUGGCUUCUGUUGUAGUCGUACGAGGUCAGACGGAGAAGAGUUCAAUAACUAGGGAUUUGCCGGUUGCUAAGGCUGCAUAUUCUUUUCUAAAGGAUAAUGUUUCAUCAUCAUUUUGUUUCCCUGGGUGGAAUAAGGGGCGGAUAGUCUGUCAAAAGACUCAGCUCAAACGUACUUUUUCUAGUGCCGAAACAUCCACAGAAGCUUCAAAAGGUGACAGACUAAUUCCUUUAAGUAACACUCCCAUUUCUCAUUUGGGAAAACAAACAUCCACGAGUAAUGCAAAAAGAUCAGAAAGUGUGAAUGCCGACACUGAGAGAAGCAGGAGUUCAGAUCCAGAACUCAUGCUGCAGAAAAAUGUCAAACAGGUGCAAUCCUCUUAUGAAGCAGCAGAGUGAGUGCUAAAAAUUCAUGUUGUUUUCAAAAUUCUGGCACCCAGCUUGGAGGCGGGGACGGGUAAUGGAAGAGAUGGAAAGCAUUAGCUUACACAGCUGGCUUAUGUACACAUGUAUAUUCAGGUGUUUUAAUGCUAAAAUGAAUUUGGUUCUUCUGGGAUAUUUAUAUGUUGGAUCUAGUGCAUGCUGCCAAUAAUAGAUAUGGCAUUUGUGUCCAAUUUGUUGUAUUAACACGAUUGUGCUAUAUCAAUCUAGUCAUUAGCAUUCUUCUUUCUA